GGCGAAUUAGAUGACAUUACACGCUUGAAAUAUCCCCAAUUCCUGCAUUUAUUUGUUCGUUUCCCCAAGAUUACAACGUGAUUCCAUUGAACAAGAAGUAGUUAUCACAGGAAAAAGUUCACACCACGUUCUCUCAGGUGAAAACUUGUAAUUCAUCGAGUGCUCAUGGCACGUGAAAUGGCCAAGAAACCAAGAUACAUCUACGCAGAGUUUGCCACUUUUUUCUUGGUGCUGAUGUGCUUGGGAUCUCUAAAUCUCUGCGAAGGUUCGUGUUCUGACACUCCCGUUGGUGUUCGUGAUGAACUAAAAGUGAUACCUGAUGAUUACAUGACUGCAAGCUCGGUGCUCCCUGGUUUUCCAGCCAAAGAUGGUCGCCUGGCUGGAACUGGUGCCUGGUGUCCACUAACAGGUAGUGACACUGAUCCAUAUCUUGAAAUAAGCCUGGGUAAAAGCUACGUAAUAUGCGGCAUCGAAGUGCAAGGAAAGCCUGGUGCAUCAGAGUCUACAAACUUUACGCUCCAGUCUUCAACAAACGGAUCAAACUUUAUUGAAGUUGACUCAGGGCAGACCUUUAAUGCCUCUUCAGCUGGUGGUGAUGUCGCUACAUUCCAUGCCCUGACAGCAAACGUGACUGCAACACAUCUGCGGUUUAAGCCAGUUUCCAACGUUAUAUGUCUGAGAGUGGAGAUUUACGCUGUUCCAGAGUAUGUUACCAUCAUUUGCCAGGCGUCCUAUAUCUCGGUAGUAAUUCCAAAAUCAUUAUUUCCUGACCCUCCUCCCACCGCGACUGACCUGGCUCUCAAUGACAGGAACUGUAAAGCUAUUGGUGUUUCAAAUACUUUCUACUUUGACAUUACCCAUGGGACAUGUGGAACUGCGCUCAUUAUCUCAAAAGAUGGAGAAAUAGUAUUUUACCACAACGUUGUCUUCGAUACUAGAGCAGAUCCGGAUGAUCCCAAAUUUGACAUAAUUUGCCCUUAUUUAAACAUCGACGACUGUGCCUCUGAUCCUUGCGAAAACAAUGCAACGUGUACUGACGGAGUAAAUAACUAUACUUGUACCUGUAUGGCUGGCUACGAGGGUUACAAUUGUUCCAUAGACAUCGACGACUGUGCCUCUGAUCCUUGCGAAAACAAUGCAACGUGUACUGACGGAGUAAAUAACUAUACUUGUGCCUGUAUGGCUGGCUACGAGGGCUACAACUGUUCCAUAGACAUCGACGACUGUGCCUCUGAUCCUUGCGAAAACAAUGCACCGUGUACUGACGGAGUAAAUAACUAUACUUGUGCCUGUAUGGCUGGCUACGAGGGCUACAACUGUUCCAUAGACAUCGACGACUGUGCCUCUGAUCCUUGCGAAAACAAUGCAACGUGUACUGACGGAGUAAAUAACUAUACUUGUACCUGUAUGGCUGGCUACGAGGGCUACAACUGUUCCAUAGAUAUCGACGACUGUGCCUCUGAUCCUUGCGAAAACAAUGCAACGUGUACUGACGGUGUAACUAACUAUACUUGUAACUGUAUGUCUGGCUACGAGGGCUACAACUGUUCCAUAGAUAUCGACGACUGUGCCCCUCUUCCUUGCGAAAACGGUGCAACUUGUCACGACGGAGUAAAUAACUAUACUUGUACCUGUAUGGCUGGCUACGAGGGCUACAACUGUUCCAUAGUUAUCGAUGACUACUGUGCCUCUGAUCCUUGCGAAAACAAUGCAACGUGUACUGACGGAGUAAAUAAUUAUAUUUGUAUUUGUAUGGAUGGCUACGAGGGCAUAAAUUGUUCCCAAGAUAUCGACAACUGCGACUCUUAUCCUUGUGAAAACAAUGCAACUUGUGUUGAUGAAGUAAAUGACUAUACUUGUAAUUGUACGGAUGGCUACUUUGGCAAGAACUGUUCGCAAAAUGUCAACUACUGUGAACCUGAACCUUGCGAAAACGGUGCAACUUGUACGGUUGAAGUAAACGACUAUAGUUGUACCUGUACGACUGGCUACGAGGGCAAGAACUGUUCCCAAGAUAUCGACGACUGUGAUUCUGAUCCUUGCGAAAACGAGGCAAAUUGUACCGAUGCAGGAGUAAAUAACUAUACUUGUACCUGUGUGGCUGGUUACGAGGGCAAGAACUGUUCCCAAAAUAUCGACGACUGUGCCUCUGAUCCUUGCGAAAAUAAUGCAACGUGUACUGACGGAGUAAAUAAUUAUACUUGUACCUGUAUUGCUGGCUACGAGGGCUACAACUGUUCCAUAGAUAUCGACGACUGUGCCUCUGAUCCUUGCGAAAACAAUGCAACGUGUACUGACGGAGUAAAUAACUAUACUUGUACCUGUAUUGCUGGCUACGAGGGCUACAACUGUUCCAUAGUUAUCGAUGACUACUGUGCCUCUGAUCCUUGCGAAAACAAUGCAACGUGUACUGACGGAGUAAAUAAUUAUAUUUGUGUUUGUAUGGAUGGCUACGAGGGCAUAAAUUGUUCCCAAGAUAUCGACAACUGCGACUCUUAUCCUUGUGAAAACAAUGCAACUUGUGUUGAUGAAGUAAAUGACUAUACUUGUAAUUGUACGGAUGGCUACUUUGGCAAGAACUGUUCGCAAAAUGUCAACUACUGUGAACCUGAACCUUGCGAAAACGGUGCAACUUGUACUGUUGAAGUAAACGACUAUAGUUGUACCUGUACGACUGGCUACGAGGGCAAGAACUGUUCCCAAGAUAUCGACGACUGUGAUUCUGAUCCUUGCGAAAACGAGGCAAAUUGUACCGAUGCAGGAGUAAAUAACUAUACUUGUACCUGUGUGGCUGGUUACGAGGGCAAGAACUGUUCCCAAAAUAUCAACGAAUGUCUUUCUGGUCCUUGCAAAAACGGUGCAAAUUGUACCGACGGAGUAAAUAACUAUACUUGUACCUGUAUGGCUGGCUACGAGGGCCCCAACUGUGCUGUAGUCUUCACCGUUUAUGUCUCUUUUACAGAUAUCGACGAGUGCUACACUGAUCCUUGCGAAAACGGUGCAAAUUGUACCGACGAAGUAAAUGACUAUAACUGUACCUGUAUGGAUGGCUACGAGGGCAAGAAUUGUUCCCAAGAUAUCGACGACUGUAAAUCUUAUCCUUGCGAAAACGGUGCGACGUGUAGGGAUGCAGGAGUAAAUAACUAUACUUGUACCUGUAAGGAUGGCUACGAGGGCAUAAAUUGUUCCCAAGAUAUCGACGACUGCGACUCUAAUCCUUGUGAAAACAAUGCAACUUGUGUUGAUGAAGUAAAUGACUAUACUUGUAACUGUACGGUUGGCUACUUUGGAAAGAACUGUUCGCAAAAUGUCAACUACUGUGAACCUGAACCUUGCGAAAACGGUGCAACUUGUAUUGUUGAAGUAAAUGACUAUAGUUGUACCUGUACGACUGGCUACGAGGGCAAGAACUGUUCUCGAGAUAUCGACGACUGUGAUUCUGAUCCUUGCGAAAACGAGGCAAAUUGUACCGAUGCAGGAGUAAAUAACUAUACUUGUACCUGUGUGGCUGGCUACGAGGGCAAGAACUGUUCCCAAAAUAUCGACGACUGUCACCCUAAUCCUUGCGAAAACGGUGCAAAUUGUACCGACAGAGUAAAUAACUAUACUUGUACCUGUAUGGCUGGCUACAAGGGCCCCAACUGUUCCAUAGAUAUCGACGACUGCUACCUUGAUCCUUGCGAAAACGGUGCAAAUUGUACCGACGGAGUAAAUGACUAUAACUGUACCUGUAUGGAUGGCUACGAGGGCAAGAAUUGUUCCCAAGAUAUCGACGACUGUGACCCUAAUCCUUGCGAAAACGGUGCAAGUUGUACCGAUGGAGUAAAUAACUAUACUUGUACCUGUAUGGCUGGUUACGAGGGCAAGAACUGCUCCCAAAAUGUGGAUGAAUGCGCUUCCAACCCUUGCCAAAACGGGACCUGUAUGGACGGGAUAAAUGAUUAUACCUGCAACUGUACAGUCGGAUUUAUUGGGAAAAACUGCGACCACGUUGAUCCUUGCUAUACCGAUCCGUGUGAAAACGAUGGACAGUGUUUCGUGGAUGACAACUACGAUUUCUUCUGUGUCUGUCCAAUUCCUAAAGCCUACGAAGGAAAAAAUUGUAGUAAACCAGUUGACUGUUUCUGGAAUAAAAUGUAUCCUUACGGAGAAGAACAGAAUGACACGGAGAUGGACGUAGGAUUGAUCCGUGAUGAGCUGUGUAAAGAAGUAUUGUACGACUAUGGUAUCUGGUUCUUUGAUGACAAGCACUACGUCCUGUAUAUUUGUGCCAAUGGAAUGAUUCGUUUCGAUAUAGAAUAUGUGAGGUACUUCCCAGUUCCAACCUUUGACGUCGAGGAAUUCCCGUUCGAAGUUCCUAUGUUGUUCCCCUUCUGGUCGAAAAUCGACAUAUACGACUCAUUCUGUUCCAGUGAGCAGGACUGCCUUUCUGGUGACAUAGAUUAUGAAAACCGUUCCGCCGUAUUCUACCAAGUUUACACGGAAGAUAACAAUGCAUCAUAUAUUCUAGACAAAGCUAGUAAAGACGUCAGAGAGAAUUCGAACGACCAAAAGUUCCAGAACUUCAAGGCUUCGUGGGUACUCGUAGUGACCUGGUUACGCCUUCGUCCAGAAGAGGAAGCCGAGGGUGAUGCCGAAGAAGGAGUGACUAAUACAUUCCAAGCAGCACUCAUCACUGAUGGAACCUACACAUUUCUGAAGUACCACUACCCUUGCAAUUCUCUUCAGUGGGCAUCGCCGAAAUUUUAUGAAUUGUAUCCAGAAGAUUUUGGCGGCUAUCCUGUAGCAGGUAUAAAUGCUGGUGAUGGAAAUCUGGAAGAUGUCGAGAGAUUCUUUAGUCUCGAAGGGUCGGCUUCUCCAGAGAUAACGGGUCUCACCCUGAGGAAAGAAAAUGCGGACAACAAUGGAGAGUAUUUCUUUAGAAUUGAACGCAGAACAGGAGACGACCCUGAAACAAAAUGCAGGAAGUGGUCCGACUGGUCCGAAUAUCUAAAAAAUAAUAUAUCGAACGCUGAUGACUUUAUCCCAGCUUGUCCCUGUUCGAUCUUCCAAGCUUUUUUUUCUCCUAGCUACUUUCUAAUUUUCUCCACUGAAUCAGACAGCGUUUGUUUUGUUAGCAUUUUCGUCUUCCCGUUCAACGAGGCAGCAGGCAACAGUUUCGUACAGGGAUUUAUCUUUCGAAAGUGUUGCUAUUCGAUUUUCUUCUUUGGUGCGCUUCUUACGGGAAGUAAUGAUCCCGGAAGUUUAGAAGUUUUCUAUACAGACAAGCCUGAAGAUUUACUGGAUGAUGCCGAAGCGAAACAGGCAUGCUGCUUCGACUCUUUCAACUGUGAUUUGUACGACAAUGUACGCCCCUCAGAUGAUUGUGAACGUUUCUUUAUUCCCCGAAGACGUUGGUUUUGGGGAGAUCCACACUUUAAAACACUCGACGAUAAGGACUACACGUUCAACGGUGUUGGGGAAUACACCAUGGUUGAUGGCAAAAACGGUAAGUUUAAGCUUCAAGCAAGAACGGUACUGGCCCCUGGAAAUCGUAGUAUAGCUACGGUGUUCUCUGCUGGAGCUGCUCAGGAAAAUGGAAGCAGUAAAGUCGAAGUUAGAGCCAAAAGUGGAGGUGGAUUGGAGAUGUAUAUCAACGGUACACUGUACGACGGGCUCUAUAAUCUGACAAACAUCAGCAAGGAGAUCGGAGGAAACCUGAGAGCGGCUCAAAAAAAUCCUGGCUGCGUUGAGGUGACCUUCAAGAGUGGAUCAGGCGUUGAAUUCUGUGAGGCCAAGGGGAUGAUGUCAUUUGUGGUGACCUUGAGUAACGAGUUCCUUGACAACACAAAAGGGCUUCUUGGAACUUACAAUAACAAUCCAGAUGACGACUACACUUUGCCGGAUGGGACUGCUUUGGGUCCAAACGUCAAUUCCUCUACUAUUCAUUAUGAUUUCGGUUUGAAGUGGCAAAUAACAGCCGAAGAGUCUUUGUUCACUUACGGUCCUAAUGAAGGCGUUCACACUUUCGCCAAUGCAAGCUUCAAGCCCAUGUUUGUCGAGGCCAUCAAGUGGGCGGACAAUGCCACUGAGCAGGCAGCUAAGGAAGCUUGUGGAGGUGACGUGGUGUGUCUCUUCGAUGCUGCUUCUACGAAUGAUGUUUCCAUAGGAACCAACAGCAAAGACGUGAACGUGAAGUUAGUAAAGGAGAACGAAGAACUUGCGAACUUCCCGCCAAACUUUACUUACGUUCCAUCAGUCAUCGAAGCCACAGUUGGGGAAGUCCUGUGGGUCAACGUCACAGCUAAAGAUAACAACUCCUUUACGUUUAAUGUCAUCAAAAAGCCACAAGGAGCAACUUUUACCACAGUGAACGAAACUCUACUCAAGUUUACUUGGAAUGUAACUUCUAAAGAAAAGGUCAAAUUCACGUUCACGGCAACAGACGAGUUCAACGCCUCCGUAAGCUUCACACCCACUAUCAAAAUGUGCGCCUGCGAAAAUAAUGGCCAGUGCGUCAAACCAGCGCAAGGAGACAAGUUAAAUAAUGACAGUAAAUUCAUAAUCCAAGGUUGCACAUGUAAACCGGGAUACACCGGCAGGUUCUGUGAGAAUGACAUUGAUGCUUGCAAAGUGAACGGAAACCCUUGCUUCAAGGGCGUCAACUGUACCGAUAAACCGGCGCCGGCUGACUUAACAGGUUAUACCUGUGGAGACUGUCCAACUGGGUAUUCCGGUAACGGCAUCAAAUGUGCUGACAUCGACGAAUGCAAAAACAACUCGUUGAACCAAUGUGAACAGGAAUGUGUCAAUAACCCUGGUUCAUAUAGUUGCAAAUGCAAAUCUGGCUACAAGUUAAACAGCAACGGCUUCGCCUGCGAUGACAUCAACGAAUGUGAGCCCGUUAAUGAUUGCAUGCACCAAUGCAACAACACGGCAGGAAGCUACAAAUGUUACUGCAAUGAGUUCUUUGAGGUUGACCCGGGAGACCUUAAAGCCUGCAAACCGACCAAUCCUUGCAAUAACAGCGAUUGCCAAAUCUGUUUUAUAAAGAAAGACAACAAAAAAGCUUGUGACUGCAAAGCAGGAUUUAAAUUAGCUAGUGACGGCAGAACAUGUGAAGAUAUUGACGAAUGCAAGAUCGACGGUAUCAGGUGCACACAGAAGUGUGAGAACAAAGAUGGUGGAUACGAUUGCAAGUGUUAUCCGGGAUAUCAGCUCGACGCAGAUGGCUUCACCUGUUCUGAUAUCAAUGAAUGCUUAAACUCAUCAUUAUUCAGUUGUCCUGGCAAAUCGCGUAUCUGCGAAAAUAUCCCGGGUAAUUACACAUGCAAGUGCCAGAGCGGACUGUUCUACAUAAACAAUACGUGCACAGCCCUCAAACCAGGAGAAAAACCGCCGGAGCCGACAGUCCCAACGCCAAAGGAAGCAUCUGAAAAAGAAAAAGAGAAUGCGAUUGAAAUUACGCUACAAAAUAUGGAAAAGAAACAGUACAGCGCAUCAGUGGAUGAGAAGUUCAGAACAACAUGCGCUAAAUCUGCCGACACUUUCUGCCAAAAUAAUAAAUCAGCAUGUGGGAUAACAAGCAAAAGGAGAAGGCGAUCCGCAGCUUUAAUUACCAAAGAUAAUGUUCAUUUACUACCAGGCUUCCCGAAAGAGGAAGGCAACUCCUUGAGGAUUGCGUUCUACAUCUUACUACCGUUAUACCUUACGAGUGGUGGCGUCAUUCCGGUGAAUGCCCUCGAAACUGUGAUAAAAAACAACCAGGCAGAACUGGAGCGAGUGCUUGGAGUUCCAAUAUCUGAAAUCAAGUCUGCUAUCGCGCUCACAACCCCAAGUUCACCCACGACCACAUCCAAUAUGACCACUGCACCUCCAAACAUAACAACUCGAUCAGUUACCAUCGCCACCACGGAGAAGACAAAUGACGACUGGAAGUGGAUCGUUAUCGGAGUCUGUGUCGGAGUUUUGGUCCUCGUUCUAAUUGCUGUCAUCGUCUUCUGUGUGAAAAAGAAAAAGCAUACAGCAAAAAUAAGCAGUAGCCACCAAGCUUUAAAUGCAUCAGACGAAAAUUACAACCGAGGGGCUGACAAUCACGGACACGAAAUGACGGUCUAUCACGGACAGCAGCCAGUAGUAUGAACCACACGAGUCUAACCCACAAACUCUUGCAGUCACCACAAACACUGUUUGUGGUGACUGCAAAUGGACUUUCAGGAUCGACAGAUUUACAAAAGCACUUAUAAAAAUGAGCACAAAACAUGUGGGACGUCGAUUUGGAGAAACUUAAAACUUAAAAAGUUUAUCGAGCCUUUGUGACUACUUCUAAUACUCUGCGGUGUCCAGAGGGUUAUUAACUGUUUUAAGUUGAAGUUUUGAUUAAAUGGGCUGUUAAGCUAAGUAUGGCGAUCCUUCAGCAUAGAAAAGCAACGAUACACAAUCGAAAAAAACUCAAAAAAGAAGACCUAAUUAUAUAUAACAUGAUUUCUGAACUAAGUCAAAAUGCAAAAUGAACUAAGUUACAACUUAACUUCAUCCGGUAUGAAGUACUAUCAACCAUUGUGAGAAUGGUUACGAAGCUAAUUGACCAUUGAAAAAUUGAAAGACAAAUGAAUAUUCUGUAAGAUUUAUGUUAACGACGUUAACUUCAGCUGGUAGAAAGCUCUUCAACCCCCAGUAGACUCAUCACACCGAAAUAUCGUAAAAUUCAGUUUCAAGGUAUUUUGCAGUUCCAGCAGCAACCACUCGAAAGAUGCCUAAAGCACCAUAAGCCACGCAGGAGGUUUUAGGCUCAAGUCCAUAAAUUUUGCCGGUAAAUAGCUGACUGGCUCAUGUUUUGCCAGUCUGAUUUUUCACAAGUCACGUAUAUAUCAUGAUGAAAAAUUUGCCUGUGUGAGUAGUUUCAUUUGUGUAACAAGUGUUUCCGUAAAGAUGUUUAAGCACAAAGAACUAAAAUUGUACUUACGCUUUCGACGCAAAAAUAAAUCAAUAAACUUGAUUAAAGUUC